AAAUGAAACUUUGAAAAAGACUACAGCACACAGCAGUGAAAAAUAUUAAAACAUUUCACACACAUUUCAGUUUUCAAAGAAAUUUCCAUUGAUUAACAACCAACAAACUCUUUGUGGUGUUGUGUGUUUUCUACUUUCAAUUAGAAUAUUAAAAAUAAAUAAAUAAAAAACAUGUCUGAUAAACUUUUCACACGUGCCGAUGUAACCAAACACAAUUCCAACAAGGAUUGUUGGUUGAUUAUCCACAAUAAUAUUUAUGAUGUUACAUCUUUUCUAAAUGAGCACCCUGGUGGUGAAGAAGUGCUCCUUGAACAAGCUGGCCGGGACAGCACAGAACACUUUGAAGAUGUCGGACACAGUUCUGAUGCCCGUGAAAUGAUGAACAAAUACAAAGUUGGUGAACUAGUCGAAGCCGAACGCAAAGCUGUUUCUAAAAAAGCCGAACCAACAUGGACACAAGAAACCCAAGAGUCUGAAUCAUCAAUGAAAACCUGGCUGCUACCUUUGGUGCUAGGUCUAGUUGCUACUAUUGCCUACAGGUUCUUCUUUUCUAGUUCGCAAUAAAACAAAAAAGAGUAAUACAGCAGAAACCCUUUAAAAAAACAUCUUAAAUUAAAUUAAUUUUUUGUAUAAACCCAUUCCUAACUGUUUUGUACGUACAUAAUUUCUACACUACUUUUUCAAUUCAGUUUUGUUUUUAAUUGAAUUUAAGAGUGGUGUUUUAAAAAUAUGUAUUUUAUACAACAACAAAAACAAACAAAUGAAAAGUAUAUUGUAUAAAAAAACAUUUAUUUGUACCAAUAAAGUUUAUAAUAAUUAGGUACAUGUUUUUUUUUUUUUAUUAAUUGGUUAACAAUAUUUAAAGAAAAUAGCGCAAAGAAAAUCUAUUAUUUUUUUGAAAACUUAUGUAAAACAUAGUUUAAAUUUACUACACAAAUAUUAUAUGCAUGUAUAAUAGUAAGAAGAAUUUUUGUUUUUUUGACAACUAGUUCAAUAGCCUUAAGAUUGCUAUGUUUGAUAUUCGUUUUUUGUUUUUAUAUAAAAAGUUUUCUUUGUUUUUCUUUAGAAAUUUUUUUACUUUUGAUGAAAUGAUAAAACACUGCUUUUGUUAGCAUUUAAACUAUGAACAAAAAAAAAAACA